AUGACACAGUGCAUACAAGACGAGCGUCCUCAAGUAGAUUCGGGAGAGGUCCACUCCUUCCAGUGUAAUGAGAUGGAGGGUCGUUGCGUCGUGGUUGUCAUCCCCGGCAGGUCGGAAUAUCUCACUCUGUGUGAGGUGGAAGUAUAUGUGGAUGGACUCAGCGAGCCUGUAGUAAAUGUUGUGGUGAAAGGAGUGGCCACCCAGUCAUCAGUGUAUGGGGAUGGCCAGGCUAACAAUGUCAUUGAUGGCAACAGAGAAUCAAACUAUCACAAAAUAUCCUGCACACACACUGAACAGGAGACCAACCCCUGGUGGAGAGUGGACCUGCUGGAUCUGUUCAGAGUGACAGCUGUCAGCAUCACCAACAGAGAUGUUGUUCCUGAGAGACUUGAUGGUGCUGAGAUCCGCAUCGGUAACUCACUGGAGAACAACGGCAUCAACAACCCCAGAUGUGAUGUCAUCUCCCACAUCCCAGCAGGAGAGACCAACACCUUCCAGUGUAAUGAGAUGGAGGGUCACUAUGUUGUUGUGGUGAUCCCUGGACAGAACAAGAUUCUCCCUCUGUGUGAGGUGGAAGUUUACGGCCUUCCUGCAGAGCUGUAG